ACCCAAAGGCACGAAAACGCACAUUGCUCAACGAGUUUUUUAGAUUUUAAAAUUAUUCUUCAAUAAAAUGGCCGAUAACAACGAGGAGGGUGCCGUUGGUGGAGACCUGAACAACAAUAUCACAGAUAAUGGCCGGGAGGAAGUGCAUCUCCCGGGCCAGUCGCAGAACGAACUGCUGGACAUGGUUUUCUCGUUGGAGAGCGAAAAACAGGCGCUGCUAGAGGAGUCUCGCAAGCGGAUCGGCGCACUCCGCAAAGACUUUGAGGAAGCCAAAGUGGAGAACGAGCGGCUGAAGCGAAGAGUGGUCCAGUUGGAGCAGUCCCUCAAGCAGUCCGUGAUGCUGGGCGGCACAGAUGCACCCAAGUCCCGGCAAGAGCAAGAGGAACUGCUCCUCAAGGCCAAAACGCUGCUUUUCGAGAAGACCAAGGUGAACAAACAGCAGGAGCAACAGAUUGCCGUGCUCAAGACUCAAGUGGAGACGGUGAAGGACGUGCUACAGGUGACCAAGGACAUGCUGCAGCUUAAGAACGCCGAGUGCGAGCACACGCAGGCUCGUCUGGAGAAGAGCCAGCUGUGGAUCAAGGCGGAGCAGGAUAAGUGUGCGAUCACAGAAAAGAAACUAGCCAUUUCGAAGGGAGUGUACGACAAACUGCGCUCGGAAUACGACACCCAGUCCAAGAUAUUCAAGGAUUUAAAGUCCGCGUACGAGCAGAAGCUAAAGGUUCUUACCGUGGCUUUGGAAGAGGCCAAAAAGUAGCUGAACGAUUUAAUAAACUAUGUAAAUUAAAUGCA